CAGCAGAACCUCCUUGCUUCUCCUCGUCAUCUGCUGAGGCAGCCUCCGAUGGCGGACUACGAUUUUCGCCCAGGAGGCUCACUCAAAUUCAAGGGCGGCGUUGCUGAGGGAGGAAUUGUCAAGAAGAAGAAGAAAUCCAAAUCCAAAUCUAACUCGCAAUCCGAUAAUGGGAAGGACCGCGAGCGUGAACGAGUGAAGGAAUUGUUAUUCAAAGAGGACGCAGAACUUGCUAAUGGUUCUCCUUCGGGGAGCAACCGUGAUUCUCCUGCUCUACCUGGGAAUAAUGACAGAAAAACGGAUGCGGAGCGACGUUUUGAGGAAGCGCAACGACGCAGGCUUGCCAAUAAAGUUUCUCGAUUGGCACGCAAGACGCACAAGGAUCGCGUCAACGAGUUGAAUACUAAACUCGAGUCACUCAGUGAGCACCACGACAUUCCCAAGGUUGGUCCAGGAUAAUAUUUGCAAAAAAAUCGCGUUCAGCACCGCGUUCGUGUCCAAGACCGUGGUUUUGUGCGGACUCGCGGUGCAGAAUUUCAGUGGCGAACAACAGCUAUCUUCAUACCAUCAUGUCCUUGUAUACAGCUUGAAAUUCAUGUAUUUUACACGCGAAGUGCCUGGGGUUCCACUAUUGCCACAUAUUUGUUAGGUUGGGUUGAUAUAAGUAGCCACGGAUGAUGCGGGUCAUAA